AUGGCGACCCAAAUGAGCAAGAAGAGAAAGUUUGUGGCUGAUGGAGUGUUCUUUGCGGAGUUGAACGAGGUCUUGACUCGUGAGCUGGCUGAGGAUGGAUACUCUGGGGUCGAGGUCAGAGUUACCCCGGUGAGGACCGAGAUCAUCAUCCGCGCCACUCGCACGCAGAAUGUCCUUGGUAAUUGUUUAAUUACAUAUGUUCUGUUUCUUGAUUGA